AUGAAAUAACUAAGUUUAUUAAAUCUAAUCAACUUACAACCAAAAUAGAAUACAACUACUUACUAAACAAACAACAUCCCUACCAAAAAAAUAAGAAGUUUUGAUAUUAUUGCCAAAAGUCCUUAUAAAAUUAACUUGGCUAAAUAAACUCAAAAACAAUUCCAAAAAGAAUACUAACCCAUUACUAGCAGAGCCAAUUAACGAUAAAAUAUCAAGUCUCCCCCUGAAAUUUUGAAAUCCUACAAGCCUAUUAGUAUUAGCAAUCAUAGUAUUUUUUUAUGUAUAUAAGUUGAACUUCAUUAAAAUGAAACUUAAACAAAAGGAUUUUAAAAGUCUUACCAACUCUAACUAAAAUCGAUACUUGUUAAAGAGUAAGAUUAACUGCAUUUAUUUGAUUAAGCCAAAAGUAACACAAAUUUAUACUAUAUAAGGAAUUAAUACUCAGAUUAGUAGUAAUCUUAUACCUUAGAUUUCAAAGUUACAUCUAAAAACCAAUCCCGAAUAAAUAGAAUAUGAACCAACACAAAAGAUUUCAACUACUGUUCGCAAUACUAAUUUAAGUAAAUCUCAAAAACUACUUUUCUUGGAAAAAAAUUAAUAAAAGUUCCAAGAUCUCCAAAACAAUAUCACAAACAACAUUAAAUAACGAACUUAAACUAAAACAUACUCAUUAACAACUCAUUAGCCUGCUAUCAAAUCUAUUCCUGAUAAAUUUUAACUCCCCUAAUCCUCCUAUAUUGUACUACAACAUUAUUCAGAUCAACUCAGUGAAAUAGAGAAAAUAGAAAUAAUUGAUUAUGAAACUAUAUACUAUCUUGCUCCAAAAAAUAUUUCUACAACCCAAAGAGAUCCUUUAGGAAAUUUAUUUAAUAAUGGAUACGAUAAUUAACAGUAAACAAUAAACAUAUUAACUUAGUGGAGAUUAUAAAUUUUUAAAACAUGAUCAAAUAGCAUUUAGAUAUGAAUUGAUUGAGAAAUUAGGAAAUGGUAGUUUUGGUUACGUUUUUAAAGUCUUUGAUCAUAAACAUCGCAAAGAAAUGGCAAUAAAAAUCAUCAAAAACAGAGAAAAAUUUUAUUAAUAAGCUUUAAUUGAGAUAGACUUAUUAAAAAUAAUUAAUAAAGCAGACAAUUCUUAUUGUCUCAUAAAAUUAAUGAACUAUUUUGAAUUUAGAAAUCACAUAGUAAGACAUCUAAAUUAAAUUAGAAAGUGCAUGGUUUUUGAAUUGCUUUGUUGUAAUCUCUACGAAUUUAUAGCUUUAAAUAAUUUUGUAGGAUUAGAGCCUGAUUUGAUCAGGAGAUUUGCAAUUUAAAUUCUUUAAGCUCUUCUUUAUUUGAAAGCUUGCAACAUAAUUCAUUGUGAUUUAAAGCCGGAGAAUAUCCUGUUAAAAGAAUUUACUAAAUCUGGCCUCAGAGUGAUAGAUUUUGGAUCAAGUUGUUUUGCUAAUAAUAAAAUGUAUACUUAUAUUCAAGUAAACAAUAAUAUUUAAUUAAAUAAAGAGUAGAUUUUAUAGAGCUCCUGAGAUAAUCUUUGGAAUAAAUUAUUCAUUCUAAAUUGAUAUGUGGAGUUUUGGAUGCAUAAUUGCUGAACUCUUCAUUGGAGAAUCUUUGUUUUAAUCUAAAACUGAAAAAGAAUUACUUUUUGCUUAGACAAAGGUUUUGGGAAUGCCUCCAAAAGAUAUUAUUGAUUAAAGUCCAAAAAGAUAAAAGUUUUUUGAUGAUAAAUAUCAGCUCAAUUACAAAGUUAAAGAAGCAGAAUAAUUUUAAUAAUUGAAACCUCUUUCAUAAUUACUUGAAAAAGCAGAUGCCGAGUUUUAUGAUGUAUAAAUCAACUUUAAAAUUAGUUCAUAAAUAAGUGUUUGUAAUGGAAUCAAUUUUAAAGAUUGACCCCAGAAUAAGCUCUAGAUCAUCCUUGGAUCAUCAAUAGUCUGCCUCAGGCAAUCAGGAAUGAGCUUCUUCUCAUAAGAAAAAAUAUAAAUUCAAUAAUCACAAGUGCUAAAAAUAACGAUAAGCAAGAACCUAAUUGA